AUGAAGACCUUCAAGAAGGGUGGCUACUAUGUUAGGGAGGUCCCCCACCAAGUCACGGGGUCUCGGCUGCAUCUGGUGGUGCUCAAUACCGUUAUGUACAGCACCAAGCUCAGACCAGCGGUGCAAAGCGUUAAGGAUCCCUACGGCCAGUUGGAAUGGAUGGACUCAGUACUACAGGGCAUUCGAGAGUCCGGGGGCACCGCCUGGAUUAUUGGUCAUAUCCCACCUGGAAAGGACACCUUCGCGAGGAAACCGCAGUGGGUCGAUCGCUAUGUCCACAAGUACCUGCACAUUGUUUCUGAGUAUAGGUAUGGUGGUUUCUGCUAUGUCCACAAGUUCAUGCGCAUUGUUUCUGAGUACAAGGACUUGAUAACGGCUCAACUGUUCGGCCACACACACUCGGACGAGUUCCGCGCGUUCCCCGAGAGAGACUACAACACACACGAGAGUGCAUCUGGCCCUCACAACAGACAUCACAUGCCGAAAGGACCGCCAAAAGUACCCAUCUUGAUUGGGGGUGCCGUGUCCCCACUGUUUGGAAACAACCCGUCGUACAGGGUCGUAGAGUACCACAGGAAAACUAGCGAGUUGAAGUAUCGUGAGAUCUGUAUUGCUGGGGUGUCUACCAUGCCUUUUGAAUUGAUGCACUGA